UUAAUCGACGACGAAGAAGAGUGAAGGAGGAAGAAACUAGAUGUAGAAGAGAGGAAGGGGCCAAGCCAAGAGAGGCAGCUCAUAUUAAAAGGCCUAAACACCAACCAGCCAUUUGCACACCCCAUGAUAUGUCAUAUUUCUAGCUUGAUAGUUAUCACACAACUUGUUAAGCUAGCUAGCUAUAACAAGUUAGUUAUCAAGGUGUGUGUUCGUUGUGCAUGGGGCAUCACUCCUGCUGCAACCAGCAGAAGGUGAAGAGGGGGCUCUGGUCUCCUGAGGAGGAUGAGAAGCUCAUCAGAUACAUCACCACCCAUGGCUACGGAUGCUGGAGCGAGGUCCCCGAGAAAGCCGGUCUACAACGGUGCGGGAAGAGUUGCCGGUUGCGGUGGAUCAACUACCUCAGACCGGACAUCCGGCGAGGGCGGUUCACCGCCGAGGAGGAGAAGCUGAUCAUCAGCCUACACGCCAUUGUUGGCAACAGGUGGGCCCACAUUGCAAGCCACUUACCCGGCCGGACUGACAACGAGAUCAAGAACUACUGGAACUCAUGGAUCAAGAAGAAGAUCCGCAAGCCGGCGAGUACAACGAUCUUGCCGGCGAUGACGGCGAGCUCUCCAUGCAGCGCGGCGGCGUCGGAUGCAGUCCACGGCCACCUGCAGAUACCGUUCAGCGCGGCCGAUCACCAGCUCGACGCCAUAAUCAGCCAGAGCCUAGCCCUGCCGCCGAAGCUGGCGGCCGGCCAAGAUUCACCGCCGGCUCCGUUGCCUACGCACGGUCCCUUCUUCAUGUUCGACACAAGCGUCAGCCCGCAGUCGUCGCUGACGUCGACGCCGAUCCUGAAGCACCCUUUCCUCACCUUCACGGCGACGGCGAUGGACGUGCCGAGCUACCAGCUGCCACCCAUUGUGGACGGCAUGGGCAUGGGAGCCAUGGACUGCGGCUUAGGUGAGGAAAAAUGCCAUGAUCACGAGAGCAACAAUGGCCAAGCAGCCGGCAUGGCGAACGGCGGCGGCUUCUGCUACGAGCAGCAGAAGCAGCAGGAGGAGCAGCUAGGGCAGGACCAGUGGGAUGACGAGUCGGCGCAGCAUCUGCUGAUGUGGGAUGAUGACCAAGAACUAACACCGUCCAACCUGGAAGCCAUGCAAAGUGGUGCUCACUCCCUCCUUUUUAUGUGACCAAAUGACCAUGCAUGAUCAUGCAUUAAGCAAGCUGGUGUGCAUGCAUAUCUCUCUGGUCUCAUCUCAUCUGAUCUAUCUAUCUAUGAUCCAAUCCCUCUCUAGCUCUCACUCGAUCUGAUCUGUCUACACAUGAAAUAAUGAGGUUUUCCAAAGACGCCGCACGUAAUUAAUUUAUUGUUUUGGAUCUUUAUUUUUUGUCAUUUGGAUUUUCCCUUUUAUUUUAUCCCUUUUUUGUUUGGACUGAAGAAUGAAGUGUGUGUGUACAUAUUAAUUGGGUUUUUUUUGUAAAGAGAAACUGCAUGCAUGCAUGGCAUUGCACAAUACUUGGAGUGUAAUUUGAUUGAUGUAUCUAUGUGAAUUUAAAAUAAGCAAGAUGACAUCAGGAAAAAGAAAAAGAAACAAAGAGAGGGAGCCAGCCCCUCUUUUCUCC